GCUGAUGCAAUACAAAUAAUGCCAAUUCACGGCUGCUCCUUGGUAUAAAAGAAGAGACAAACACUGGUGCCACAUAUGCUGAGACCGUGUGAUACCAAGAUGCACAUCAGCCUGGUCUUUGUGUUACUUGGGAUAGCUAUCCUGGGAUAUGCUGCAGGCUAUCCUGGGGAGAGCAAUGAAGACUGCCAUGAUCGUUGUUACAAUGGCAUCACUAGAAACAGAAAGAAAUUUAUGUCAGGGUAUGUUCUUGGAGGAGUGUGCCGCUGCACCAACAAUUGCUAUUGGGCAUUGCGGUAUUACAGUGGCAUGUCUCCUGAUGAAGCCUGUCAGUCUUUUUGCCGACACAAAUACCACAGCAGAGCAACUGGGGAAUGUGAAAAUGAUAAACUUUGUCACUGUGACCGGAGUGGCCGUGGCUGAACAUCCUGGUCUGAACUGAAUGGUCAUCCUGACAAUGGAUUCCAUAGCUGAUAAUUCAAAUCUGAAUCUUGAACUCAUUCUUCUUUAGAAGUAAUAAAAAUAUGGUAUACAUCAUCAUCAACAUCUA